UGGAAGACCCUUUUCCUCACCCUUGCUACCUCAGGGGGAGGAGGAGAUGGGUCACCAAACCUUGCUUGGGAAAUAAUUCAAGAUAUGUGCACCUGUUGGGGAUAUCCUAAUUUUGGAUACCGAAACCGAGAUAGCCAAUGUAAUCAGAUCACCAAUAAUGUUAAUAUCUGGAUAAAAUGCGGAAUUCCCAUUAACCACUUCCCAAGACAUAAGGUGGGAGGGGAUAAUCAAAUACCGCAGGGAGAUGCAGCUACUUGUCAAAACGCUUUGUAUGCCGCCCCCGAGGGGACUGUCUGGGGGUGCUCAGAUGGGAGAAUGUACUCACACUUGAACAUUGUCAAACAGGCUGGAUUGCAGUGUGGUUUGGGAAUUCCUACUGUGUGCCCCAGGCGAAUUUUUGAAUAUACCACACCACCUAUUCAAAGAAAAAAAAGAGAACUCAAUGACCCAAGUAGCACCCAGGAGUGGAUUCAAAGCAUUCAAAAGCCCGAUUAUUAUACCUGGGGACAAAAGGUAUCGUUGGAAGUAUUCUUUGCGCCAUCUGGGUAUAUUCAGCACCAACGGGUGCUAGAAAACCUAACUUGGCAAGUACAUGUAUUAAGUAAUUGGACCCGUUAUGCCUUUGGGGAACUAAAUCUGCAAGUACAAGUAUCAAAAACGGCGUUACAGAAUCGUUUAGCCCUAGAUAUGUUAUUGUUAAAAGAACAAGGUGUGUGUGGUAUGUUAAACUUUACUGAAUCCGAAUGUUGUAUUACCAUUCACGACGCCACGACCUCCACUGAAGAAGCACGAGCCAAGAUGAAGGAGAUUGCCGACCAAACCAGGGAGCUCUUCCAUGCAGUGCAACCAGCUGACUGGUUUGAUGGCUGGAGUCCAAACUCAUGGCUACAUUCCAUUUUGGGAUCCUUGGGACUGACGGGAUGGGGAAAAUGGCUUGUAAAUAUUGGGCUUACGAUAUUAAUUGGAUUUAUAUGUUUAAUAGUAGGCCUUGCCAUAGUAAGAUGUAUGAUUAGCCGCUUACUAUCCUCAGCUAGCUCUCUUUCUUCUCCUACUGUCCGCUAUAUUAAAAUCACCACAGAUGAAGAUGAUAUGAACAAGAAUCGAAGUCCAGCGACUGUUUGA